AUGAAAUACGGUCGCUUAAGUUCUACUUUGCGCCAAGAAAUAGAACCGCGCAUGCCUUACGAAUGUUUUGGAUCUUUUUAUGUCGUGUAAAAACCAUAUCCUCUACGAAACAUCUUUCUUUUCUAUUAGCGUUUGCUAUUAAAUUUGCAAUUUUAUAUAGACAAAGCUAUAUAAAAUAGAAAUGGAUGCAAUAGUAGACGAUAUAUUAGAAGACGAUUUAGACAUCUUGGAGGUUAUUGACUUUGGAUUUCCUAGGAUGCUUUACACCAGAUCUGAUUAUUUUCAUUCCAUGGACGAAUAUAAUUUCUUUAAACGAUUUCGUUUAACAAAACAAACGUGUUUAAGGGUGUUAAUUUAUAUAGAAGAAGAGUUGGAAUUUCCAAAUAACACCAACCACAGUGUUUCCCCUAUGAAUCAGCUGUUAGUGACUUUGCGAUUUUACGCAUCGUCUGGACAUUUAACAGCAGUUGCUGAUUUUGCGGGAAUACACACAUCGACUGCGUCAAGAAUUAUACCACGAGUGUCUGAAGCUAUUGCACGACUACGACCACAGUUCAUUAAAAUGCCUGAAAAUGCUAAUGAGUUGCAGCGCAUUCAAAAUGAGUUUUUUGAAAUUUCUGCAUUUCCAAGGGUAGUAGGUGUAAUAGAUUGCACCCACAUUAAAAUACAAUCCCCUGGGGGCAAUGACGGGGAAAUAUUUAGAAAUAGAAAAUCAUAUUUUUCUCUUAAUGUCCAAGCAAUUUCAAAUGCAAAUUUAGAAAUUAUGGACAUUGUUUGUAGGUGGCCAGGCUCAGCGCAUGACUCUACAAUAUUCAAUAGCAGUCGCAUAAGGGCUAGAAUGGAAAAUGGAGAGUUUCCAAACAGCAUACUUCUAGGUGAUAGUGGUUAUCCCUUGAGAGAUUAUUUUUUAACACCAUUGGCAAACCCACGUAAUAGAGCUGAACAAGUCUAUAACGAUGCACACAUAAGAACAAGGAACAUUGUCGAGCGACUGUUUGGUAAUUGUAAACGGCGAUUCCCUGUACUGGCAUAUGGUAUAAGACUGAAGCUACACACAGUUUUUGCAGUAAUUGUCGCUACAGCCGUUCUACAAAAUAUUGCACGUUCCAUGAAUGAUAUGCAGCCGCCACCUUUACCAGAAGAUAUUCAUGACGAUGAGUUAAGUAAUUGUCGCUACAGCCGUUCUACAAAAUAUUGCACGUUCCAUGAAUGAUAUGCAGCCGCCACCUUUACCAGAAGAUAUUCAUGACGAUGAGUUACAACAACUAAUUGCUAAUGGUAACAUUCCGGAAAUACCUGCGGCCAAUGGUGGCAAUAUUGUACGGUUGAGGGAUGAUUUGAUUAACAACUAUUUUGCUCAUUUGUAAAAUGUAAUAUGUUGAAAUAAAGUAAAAGUACAUAGGAAUGAUAAUAAAUAUGAUUAAUAAUAGAAUUUUACUUUAAUGUUAAAUUUUGCAAAGUUUCCUUUUUU